GGCUUCUUCAACUCGGGCCCGCGCCGGGCUCGGAGUGCGAGGCGCGCCGCUGCGGACGCGGGAGGUAAUCUGGAGAUCUCAAGAUGUUUGCCAAGGCAACAAAGAAUUUUCUUAAAGAAGUUGAUGACGGAGGUAACCUUAUUGCAGUGUCAAGCCUGAAUGACUCCGAUAAGUUACAACUUCUAAGUCUGGUGGUCAAAAAAAACAGAUUCUGGUGCUGGCAGAGACCCAAAUACCAGUUUUUAUCCGUCACCCUUGGAGAUGUGCUUACAGAAGGCCAAUUUCUGAGUCCAGUGGUCGUGGAGUCGGACUUUGUGAAAUACGAGGGCAAGUCUGAAAACCACGUGAGUGGGAACAUCGAGACGGCCCUGGGGAGGGUGAAGCUGAACGCAGCGGGCAAAGGCCUGGUGGAGAGUCAGUCUUCGUUUGGGACCCUGAGGAAGCAGGAGGUGGACUUGCAGCAGCUCCUCAGGGAUGCCGUUGAGAGAACGAUAAAUCUGAAAAGCCCGCUGCUGCAGCAGGUGUUGGAGAGGAACGAGACCCUGUGUGUCCUCACAGAGAAGAUAGUGACAACGCAGAAGUGUGUGGUGUCGGAGCGCAUCCAGGUUGAGGAGAAGUGUGGUGGCAUGGUGGGGGUCCGGACCAAGACCCUGCAGGUGUCAGCUAUGGAAGAUGGGACCAUCACCAAGGACAGCAAUGUGGUGCUGGAGAUCCCGGCUUCCACCACCAUCGCCUGCAGCGUCAUUGAGUUGUAUGUGAAACAGGACGGCCAGUUUGAAUUCUGCCUCCUACAAGGGAAGCAUGGUGGCUUUGAGCAUGAGAGGAGAAGUGACCCCGUCGUCCUGGAUCCCCUGCCCUUUAGAGAGUUUGCAUAUAGGGACAUGCCGGAUGCUGGGCAGGAACCCUCUGCCCCAGAUGAACCACUGGGUAUUUUAAAACAAGUGACUCUGCCCUUGGAGAGGACUUUCCGUCCCUUCGGGCAGCUGCCGGAGCAGGAACAGACGGCGCUGGGUGGCAUCCUCCAGGUGGUCCUGUUUGAUGAGGAGUCACUCAUGGCCCUGGAACAAGUGUGUGAUGACAUGGUCGAUGGCCUGUCGCCCUCACUGGCGGUACUCGAGGAGCUGAAGCCCCCAGAGCGGCAGAACCUCAUGGCCUUCCUGCAGCUGGCGGGGUGCAGCGUGCAGGCCGCGGGUCCGGGCCCGCAGGGUGUGGUCAGCAACCGGAAGCUCUUUUCCACGGCCUACUUCCUGAUCAGUGCGCUAGCAGAAAUGCCAGAGAAUGCAGCGGCUCUGCUGGGAACCUGCUGUAAACUCCAGAUUAUUCCUACGCUGUGUCACUUGCUCCGUGCACUGUCUGCUGCUGGAGAAUCUGACCUUGAAGAGACAGCCCUGGCUCCUCUGAGAGAUGCAGAGCGGUUCGGGAUCGCGCAGCGCCUGCUUGCCACAGCCAACGUUACCCUGGAGAGACAACAGUCCUCUGUAAAAGCUGUCACCUGCCAAGUCCCCAACAUUUCCCCACUCGUUCUUUAUAUAAGCCUGAGUGGGCUCCAUGCUUUAGGCAGAGCACAGCAGUAACAUCACACGUGAAUCACGAGUACAUGUCAUCAGCCAGGGCUGGGCACUUCUCAGCAUCACUCAGCUACUACUGCUUUGGAGCUGAGGUCAGAGCCACAUUAAGUGUUGAUCAAGGAAAUGAAUCCGCAAGAGUUUAAAAAGUGGCGACCUUGUGCACUGAGUCACCGCGAGCUUAGCCACCGGGUACUCUGUAAGUGGCUUCUUUUUCACAAGAGGGCCUCUGGUGCCGGUGACCCAGUGUGACACUAAGCUCCAGCACUGGGAGAGCAG